UGGGCACCAGAAGAAACGGGAUGUGUAUGUAUCUAAUCUAUAAGAAGGCUGGGCUUGAAACAAUCGAUUUGCUGAUUAGGUUCGCAUGUGCCGGGGAAUUGUCAGUCAAACUUGAAAGCUCUAGCUGAUUAGAAACAGAACUUGACUGCGAAAGUAAGGGCCAAUGAGACGGUACGCCGAGGAGCUGAGAGAGUCUGGGCUACAGCCCUUUGUGUGUGUGUGUGGGAGAGAGAGAGAGAUAAACACUUUCCUCAAUCUUACCAGCAGCCAAACGGCAGGCAGAGAGAGAGCAAAGUGCUGCACUUAAAUCACUUUACUCAAACGGUCAGUCAAAGUCUGAACCACUGAUGCCGAGAAUGUUGGCACAUAGAGAAUCCGUUCAACACCGCUGCAUCUGACGCCCCCCCCUUACUCCGCCACCUUGGCACUGUGUCCCACCAUUGAAGUCCAACAUGUCAGACACUUACAGAGCCUGCCGUUCGCCUCCGCUGUGGUGUGCUGCUCUGGAACUUAAUCACCAGAAGACACGGCAUGAGUACCAGAGCACGCUGGGCACCAAGGUCUCUCAGCGGCAGUGCCGGCGGCGAAUGACCUGCCCGAGCCCGGCAGAGAUCAGCAAGGCCAAAGCCAUCAUGUCCAUCUCGCCGCUCACCAAGGCCCUCAGCCUGGACGAGCUGCUGAAGAAAUGUGUACAGUCUUUCGAUGUGGACGGGAGUCUGCGGUGCGGCAGCGAGACUGUGAAUGUGACGCUGAUGAUGCACAUCUGGAUUAUCCCGUCGUCGGAAUUCGCCUACAGGCUCCUGGUGCUUUAUCGAGAUGCUCCAGGGGAGAAGCAGACCCAGUUCCGGGUGAAGAUCUGCCAUUUUGUGAGGUACUGGAUUACCCACUACCCUGUGGUUUUCACCGUCGACUCCAAACUGGAGGAUGUGAUGGCACAGUUCUUGGAGCUGGUGAGGAGUGAAGGCGAGGAGUCCCAUUGCCAGCUUAUCGACACCUCCAACAUUCACAUGCAGGACUGGACGCGCAAGUACACGCUGCACAGUACCCCGAACAACAACAAGAAGCGGAAAGUCUCACUGCUCUUCGAUCACCUGGAGCCAACGGAACUUGCCGAGCACCUGAGCUACCUGGAGUUCAAAUGCUUCUGCCGGCUGUCGUACCUGGACUACAGGAGCUACACGGUGAGCGGGUGCGUGCGAGAGAACCCGGCGUUGGAGCGGGCCGUGUCCCUGGUGAACGGCAUCUCCCAAUGGGUCCAGCUGAUGAUCCUCAACAGGCCCACUCCGGCCCAGCGAGCAGAGGUCUUCACCAAGUUCAUUCACGUUGCUCAGAAACUCCGGCUACUCCAGAACUUCAACACACUAAUGGCAGUGAUUGGAGGGCUGUGUCACAGUGCCAUCUCGCGACUCAAGGAAACCAGCUCCUACCUCUCCCAAGAUGUCACUAAGGCGCUGAACGAAAUGACGGAGCUUCUGUCCUCGUGCAGCAACUACGGCAACUACCGCCGUGUCUUCAGUGAGUGCACCGGCUUUAAGAUCCCCAUCCUGGGGGUCCACCUGAAGGACCUGGUCUCGCUGAAUGAGGCGCUGCCCGACUUCAUCGAGGACAAGAAGAUAAACCUGAGCAAGCUGCAGCAGCUGUACAGCCGUAUCACCGAGCUGACCCAGAUCCAGAACUGCACGCCCCCAUUCGAAGCCAACAAGGACCUUGUGCAUCUCCUUACGCUCUCUCUCGACCUGUACUACACCGAGGACGAGAUCUACGAGCUGUCUUACACAAAGGAACCCAGGACUCAUCGAACGGUGACGGUGCCCCCCUGCAAACCCCCCGUGGUUGUUGAAUGGGCCUCAGGGGUGGCCCCAAAGCUCGACGCCCUGACCAUCAGCAAACACGUCCAGCAGCUGGUCGACUCCGUGUUUAAAAACUACGACCAUGACCAGGACGGCUACAUCUCCCAGGAAGAGUUUGAGAAAAUCGCUGCUAGCUUCCCAUUUUCGGUCUUCAUCUUCGAUAAAGAUCGCAAGGAGCUGAUUAGUCGGGAAGAGAUCACGGCCUAUUUUCUAAGAGGCAGCUCCAUCUGCUCCAAGCUGUCUCUCGGCUUCCUCCACAACUUCCAGGAGAACACAUACAAGAAGCCGACCUUCUGUGACAACUGCACGGGAUUUCUCUGGGGUGUGAUCAAGCAAGGAUACAGGUGUCACGACUGCGGGAUUAAUUGUCACAAGCAGUGCCGGGACACGGUGAUGCUGGAGUGCAAGAAACGGAGCAAGCCCGACCACACGGUGCAGGGUCCUACCACCCCCUCCGUCUCAACAGCCACCCUGCAGAGGGGCCACAGCGCCGGUGGUGAUGCUGACAUAUUCAUGUACCCCCACAUGGACAGCGCCGAGCUUAGCCACAACGGGAAGGACCACACCAUUGUGGUGCUGAGCCACAUGGACCAGAAGGUGCCGGUUCAGCGGAAGCCGGCCAUGGCGGACAGCUCCACCCAGACCGAGCCGCCCGCCCUGGGCGCGGACUCAGCGGCCGGGACGCCUGCGCUCGCAGGACCCGCCUCAGACGCCGACACCAAGGAUUUGGAGCUCCACUGGCAGGCACAGAGGCUCCAUGAAGCGGAGGAGCGGAGGGACCAGCUGGCGAAGGAGAAUGACAACCUGUGCAGGCUGAGGGACCGGCUGACAGAGGAGAAUGCCAGGCUGCUGUGCCAGGUCAAUGCCCUCCAGCAGCAGCUCGAGGACCUGAAGGGGACACGGGAGCCCCUCAGCCAACCCACCGUCACGCUGAUACUGGAGCAGAUGGACAACAUGCACGUACAGCGUGACUCUAAGAUGUGAGCUGGCAGCAGCGCAGAGCGAACGGGGCGGCGGGUGUGCUGAAAGUACGAGGCCGCCCACUCCAACUCCCCUGGCACGUUUGGGCCUGAUUUAUUCUGUUGCUUAAGGAGACCCUCCUGUUGCAGGAAUCGAUCCGAGAAACUGUAAACUCUGGGCCCCCCUCACUCGGCCAUUGUUUUCCUGCUCAGUCGGUUGGGGCAGGGAGCGGCUCCUGAUUCACACCGGCCCUGGGUGAAGGCUCUCCCCGGGGGUGAGACUGAGAGGAGAGCGGCACGCGUAUUGCUGAGACCGAGUCGCAGAUGAGGACUAGGGAAGGAGCAGGAAGACGAGGUUCUGACUCCUCUCCGCACCCGCAAGGGGUGAUAUUCCUGUCAAACGUCGGACAGGCAAGAUAGGUGCCGUGGUUAAUGUUCCUGUGCUGUACAAGCCCAUGACUCCUGUAGUCACAAGAGACCUACCUGCCCACCACUCAAUGUUACUGCAUUCUAACCCCCUCCCCUCUUCACAUCUUUGCCAGCAGCUUGAGGACAUGGUCUUCUCCUAAUGACUGAUCUUGGGAUUGGGGGUCGAUCCAGGCCUCCUCCACCUUCGUCCAUACCCAUGCGGGGGCUGUGAGUGUUUUGGCCCCCACUUCCCAACCCCCUCACAACACAGAAGACCCACACUGUCUCUGCUCUCUCCCUUGGGUCAGGAACUGCCAGCCUCAGCGCGGGGCAAUUAUUUAUCUUACUAAGUCGGUGCUCGGCCGUGGGAGAAUAUCGACAAGUAGCAAACAGGUUGCGGUGACGGGCCACACUUUGUCCUUGUUACUUCUGCCAAGAACUGUGUUCACCGCGUUCUAAAGUUUUCAUUCAGUGCUUCGGUCGUGUGUGUGAUUGUUUGUGCGUGUAUAUAAAUAUACCGGGCUGGAUCCUGCUGGGCAUUGUAAAUAACUUCGCAAAAUAAAAACCACUUCUUAUUGUCCGUU